AUGGAAUACGAAACUACCGAUGUGGUAAUUUGCGGUUGUGGCCCAACAGGGGCCAUGCUGUCCGCGUAUCUGGGAAAGAUGAAUAUCUCCAACAUUGUUUUGGAGAAGGGAGCAGAGAUCACGACCGACCCUCGUGGUAUUGCCUUGGAUGAAGACGGUAUUCGUCUUCUACAGGGUGCCGGGUUGUACUCGUCGGUGUACUCGGAAAUUGGGACUUGCAUGCACAAGUUUAAAUUUAUAGGAGGAAAGGAUCCGGUUCUGGAUAAACGAGCGUUUAUUGAGAUGGACUAUGGAACUACAGAAGGCGGCACAGGUCAUGUAGGCUUCAUCUGUCACAAACAGCCCGCAUUAGAGAGAUGCUUGCGAGAUGCAAUGGCAUCGUCAAAAUAUUGCGACCUGCGGUCGGGAUGCGAAGUUACCAGUCUCUCAGAGGAUGAACAGGGAACGAUUUGUCAAUAUCGUGAUGUGAAAGGCCAAGAACACCAAAUCCGAUCGCGAUUCUUUAUCGGCGCUGAUGGAAAGACUGGCUUCACACGGAAGCAGUACCUUGAACCCCGAGGAAUCCUCAUGGAGCAGGCCCACCAAUCAUUUUACGAAGAGACUUGGGUCGCUUUGAAUUGGAAGAUCAACCUUCCAAAUGAGAAGACUCAUCCCGACUUUCCAUUAUGGAGACUUGGGUAUACACCUGAACAAGUCUACGAUCUUUUCUUUCCCCUCAACUUCCGAUUCAUUUGCAACCCGAACCGACCAUCUGUAUGCGGACGCUUCGGGCUUCCGUCGGAUCGUCUAUGGAGAUUUGAAUUUGUUGUGCAGAACGGCGAGGAUGGAGAUGAGAUGGCGAAGCCAGAAAUGAUCAAAAAAGUGGUCUUUCCCUACAUAACCCACCCUGGGAAACGCUAUGGGACGUUCCGUUCCCUGAGGAUUGCAUUCAAGUUCUUCGGUCGCGGCCAUUCAGGUUCUCUGCCAGAAGCUGCAACAGAUGGUCUGAUGGCCGAGUUGUACUUUGUGGUGACGCAGCCCACGUCUUCCCGCCGUAAAUCCACAGUCGGAGGUCAAGGAAUUGCAUCCGGCUUCCGUGAUGCAGUGUCUCUUGCAUGGCGCCUCGCUCUACUCUGUCGCAUCCAACCGAAAACCCCCGACUUUCAUAAACGGGUUCUGAAAGCCUGGUACGAAGAGCGAAAGCAACAACUUGAGAAAUCAUUAGCCUCGACGAUUGAAAAUGGCAAAUUUGUCACUGAGGGUAAUCCCUUGAAAAUUUUCAUGAGAAACGUGUACCUUUGGUUCGUUCAGCUGGUGCCAUCCUGGCGCCAUGAGUUGUCUCUCGGUAGACGCAAGGAAGGACUUGUGCGUUACGACCACUCACCAGGAAUGCCAUUCAUUCCAGAGCACAAUGGUGGCUUGUGCCUGCCUCAGGUCUAUUGCAGGUCCGCGCAAAGUUCUAACGCAGAAGUGUGUUUCACGGACGAUGUUAUCUUCCGACCAGGAAAAGCUGGCUUGUUCCAGCUCCUCGUAUACGUCAGGAAAUUUGAAGAAGUGGCUUCAGCUCGAGAAGCGAUGUUGGAUAUUGAUGACUUGUCCCACGGUGAGAUUCGUGCUGACGAGGCCACUUUUCUGGUUGAAGAUAUGGCCGGUGCUCCAUACAAAAUCGAUCACGAUGUAUUCCGGCUUGCUCCUGGGGAGGAGUUUGCCCAGUCGAAGCUAUGUGCAAACAGGCCGAAGCCAGAAUUCUAUGAUCCCUUCUAUUUGAGAAAGGCCUUGAAGGGGAGGCGAUUCACUAUUGUUCGGCCAGACAGAUUCAUAUUUGCAUCUUGUAAUAGCACAGAAGACUUGAGGACGAUAGCCAGGGCUGCGGCUUCGCACGUCGAAGGAUGA